AUGACGAUUGUGACAAGGGGAUCGAUUCGGCAAUCAAGCGAAUGUCCGGCUGCUGUGCAUGGGAAACAUUCUGAUCGGCAAAGCCAUUCUCCAUUCCCAUUAGAACCUCCAUAUAAAGGCCGUGAUGUGAAAGAAGCGAAUGAGUACAUCCGUUGGUAUAUUCUCUUCGCUCUCCUCAUCUUUAUCUCAUUCUCCUCAAUCUUCUGGAUUCCAGCCAUUCCGUUUAUCCAGAAUUAUUCGAUGGAGAUCUUUCUUUUCUUCUCUUUUCUCCUUCAUCUCAUCUGGUUCACAGCCACAUUGAACGCUUUUUUUUACACGAGACGAUUGCGAAAAUUUCGAAAACAUAAAAUAAAGCUGAAACCGACAUGCGAAUCAAAAGAUUGGAUCAUUAAGCACUUUGUGGGCAUUUGUAUCUACAAAGAGCCACUUCAACUCUUGAUUGAUACAAUUGAAAGUGUUGCAAAUCAAAGUGAAGCGUCAAAGAAAAUCUCGAUGUUUAUUGGGAUCGAAGAGGGGACUCCAGAGAGAGAAAAGAAAACAGCCGAACUCCACAAAUUGUUCGAUUCUCGUUUUGAGCGUUUCUUCGUUGUUUCCCAUCCGCGGGGUUUACCUGGGGAUAUUCCUGGGAAAUGUUCGAAUCUAAACUUUGCAGCUAGAACUGGAGUCGCUUAUUUCAUAAAAACAAUGCAAGAACAAAACGAGAAGCUUGGUGUGAACCCGAAAACGCAAGUGCUGGUGACAACGGGUGACUGUGAUUCAGUCUUCGGAGAGAGAUAUUUCGAUGCUCUUGAAGAGGAUUUCUGGAAGACAAAAACUGAGGACCGAAAUCGCACCGUCUGGCAAAGUCCUUUAUUCUACUCGAUGCGUUUGGAGAGAUCCCCAUUUUUCGUUAGAGUCACCGGUCUUCUGCGCUCGUUUUUCAUGAUGGGUUUCUUGAUCCCCUGGGGAAUCAACACGAUGUCGAUCUUUUCACUGACUCUGGAGCUGUAUCGAGACGGUGACUAUACCCAUCCUGGAUAUCAAAUGGAAGACAUCAUCGCGUUGAUUCGUUGGUCAUUAGCUGUGAGAAAGCGGUGUAUCAUUCGAGCGAUCCCUGUGGCCACAUUAUCUGGACCAACUUCAGGAGACAACUACCGUCACGAGUUUUUCGAGUGGGCUCGUCAGAUCCGCCGUUGGACCAUUGGUGCUGCUGAGGUUUUCCACUAUUUUGUCAUCAAAUCCACCCGUUUGCCGCGUUUCGUUUCACUCGUUUUUGGAGCGAAAUUCGUUUUCUACUACGGUUUCAUGUUGUGCAUUGCGCCGAUUUACUCGAUUCUCGGAGCCACUUUGACGACAACAAUGAUGUCAUUAUUUGGAGUGAAGGAUGGGGGUGAUGGUCUCUUUUCGGCGAACACCCACCUCUUCACUUACGUCAAUCUCGGUCUUUUGGCUCUUCAAUAUUUCUGGUUUCUCUGUGUUUUUCUUGUGAAUAUGAUUUGCGAAUCGGUAUUGCCCCCAUUCAAGGAUCGUACAUCAAUCAAUUUCUUCCGAAAUGUUUUUCAUUGGAUUCUUUGUUUGCCAACGAUUCUCAUGUAUUGUCUCGUGGAACUCGACGCGUUUGUCGAGGUAACUUUCCGUGGGAAAGCCGUCUGUUCGCAUAGUGCCUCAAAAAAGGACAAUCUCGUCUCAGCAAAUGACCAAAACAAGAGAAAACCGGAGAAGCUGGACGUUGAAACACUUCAAAUCGUU